AUUUGCUACUUUCUCUUUGCUGAUAGAAACACAGAGCAGAAGUUGAGAGCGCGCCGCUCCGGAUCUAUUCUGUCGGUCUCUCCGUCCAAACCGCGCACGCGCUCGUUCCGCCGGUGAAUCCUGCUAUGAACCGGACGCCGCAGCACGCCUGACUGACCAUUUAAAACAGCGAUUGAAUGAUUGAAACAUUUGUCCACCUGCAGCUGGAGACGCCGGUGCGCUGAGCGCGUCUUGCGGGGUUUUGCGCUUUUACGCAUCGGCUGGAUUUGCGCGCAGGAGGGAUGGUGAAGACACCUGUCGUGGUUUUUACUUCUUUAUCGCUUCUGCUGUCGCUGUCAUGUGCUGGAGAUGUAAAAUCGCGCAGCUGCAGCGAUGUGCGCCAGGCGUUCACCACCAAAGGCUUCAGUCUCCAUAAUGUGCCACAUCAGGAGAUAUCAGGUGAGCAUCUGCGGGUCUGCGCUCAAGGAUACACCUGCUGUACUUCAGACAUGGAGGAUCAGCUCGGACAGCAGAGCAAGCUGGACUUCGAGAAGCUGGUGGACGACAGCAGCAGGAACAUACGCACAACAUUCACCUCCAGACACAAAAAGUUUGACGUAACAGAAGCUGGGAUAGGCGGAGUCAUGCUGGAUGGAUUCAUAACUGAAGCUCUGUCUCGGCCGAGCGAUGGUUAUAGCUGGACUCAAAAAACAGGCGCGCACCCACCCGCAGGAUCUUUCAUCACACAAUAUAGACGAGACAAAUCAAAUGCCUACACAGGCAGUUAUCAAAGUGUCCAUCAGUGCAGACAGAUGAUUUACAGAGAAAUCAAUUUACAGAUUGAGACAUACAGGAAGAGGCAGAAAAUAGCAGAGUGA